ACUCCCUCUCGAGCAUCUGCUGCUCGCGAACAGGCGUGCUCCCAGCGAUAAGUUGCUGCCGGCGCAAGCGGCGGUACGCACCGGAGCCGCACGCACGUCGUCAGGCACCCGGCACGCACCGCACAGCUGCCGCGGACUCCGGAGCCGCCGCCGCCCGCACUUGCUUGGCGCCGCCUUCUCUCCACUUUGCUGCCGCGCUACCCGCUCUCUUCCCGCCGCAUCCACCUCGUCCACCUCGAACCCGUCCUCGCUCCGGCAGCCGCACCACUGCGCUCCGCUGUGCUAGGCCGCGCACGCCUGCUGCUGUAUGCUGCCGCCCACGCAGCAGGCGCCCUUCGCCAACGGCAGCGCCGCCCGCCGCUUCGUCUUCUCGCCGCCGCAGCACUUCGCACAGCCGCCCGCCAGCCCGUCGUCUGCCUCCUCAGUCCGACACUUUCCGGCGCACCUGAAGCGCGAGCAGCCCAUGUCGCCCCAGUCGCCGCAGGCCGGCUCGCCGGGCUCGAGCUCGGGCGACGCCAGCGGCGGCGACGGCGGCGGCGCAGCGCAGGGACAGGACUAUGCCCGGCCGUAUCGAAGUCGCAAGGAGCGUCCAUGCGAUCUGUGUCGUAGGCGCAAGGGCCGCUGUGUGAUCGAGGAGGCUGGAAAGAAGUGUCAAGCCUGCCAGCUCAGCGGACGGCCCUGCACCUUCGAGAUGAGCCCAACGCCUCGCAGCCGGCCAAAUCGGCAGGAGGAAGGCAGCACACCUGCUGCGCCACAACCUUUCGACAGAAUGCGGCAGUCCUCGGGCCCGAGCCAGAUGCCGAUGCCGCACCAGUCGCCAUACCAGGGGCAUGCUACCCCGUUCAACCACAGCGACUAUCACUCGGCAAGCGUGAUGCAGACGCACCACCGGCGACAGAGCACGAAUCAGCGCUUUCAGCCGUAUCCGCUCAGCGCGUCCACAUCGCACGAGUCGAUGUCACAGCAGCAUGGCAACGGCGCGCAGGCGGGCUGGAGCGCCCCCUCGCCGCCGGACUCGCGCUCGCUGCUGCCGCCAGAUCUGCGCGGGAGCUCGAGUCCGCAUGUGCUGUUGCAGCAGCGGCAACAGGCGCGUCAGGCGCAGCUACAGGCGCAACAGGCUCAGCAGACGCAGCAUACACAGCAGGCACAACAGACGCAGCAGCCGCAGCAGGUGCAACAGCCCGCGCAGAGCAGACAGCCUGUUCUUCCUCGACUGGACGUCCAGGAGCGACCGAGCGAUGUCAAAGCGGAGGCUCGCUCGCGCGACAAUGGGCGCAGAUCUGCAGCCAUGGAUGAUCUGCACGGGCUUUUCGUCAAGAUGGUGCAGGGCGACGAUGCCUCCUCUGACCACGCGUCGGUGACCGAGGCGGACGAGGUCUUGAGUGGCUCUCCUCACAAGGAGACCUCAGCAGAGAGCGGCAUGACGCCCUUCGUCUUGGGCUCCAGCUCAUCUGAGGACCCUGUGCUGCUCGAGCAGGCCGCCUCGCCCGACGGCAAUGCCUCGCCUCAGGUCGCGCGCAUUGUGCCCACAUCCCAGCGCAUUGGCGACGGCGGCCAGCAGCACACGACCAAUGCUGUGCCCGCCUCGUACCACGUCCGGCAGGUGACGCGCGACCCACGCAAGCCGGUCUUCUUCUCCUUCAUGGUCAGCCAGCCCUACGGCACAGCGCCCGGACGCAAGACGAAGGAGAUCGGUGCCGAGGGCUGGGCCAAGCUGCGCGCAAACAUCGGCGACAAGCUCGGCCCGCUCAUGUCGCUCUACUCGGAGCGUGACGCGGCAGCCUUCCCGCUGCUCACCACUUCGCAGCGGCAGAAGUUCAGGCAGAUAGCGGCGGAUCUGCAGAGCCGCCCGCCGAAGAGCAGCGUUACCGACACGGAGCCCGCGCUGCCACUGCCGCCGGUACUCGCCAACGCUGUGCUGGCCACGCCGCUCAUCUACGACCGCUCGGUGCGGCACUUGACGAAGAGCGCGUGGGGGUCCAAUCUGCACUCGCUCAUCGAGCAGUUCGACGUCUCGUCCUUGACUACGCUGCAAGUGGCAUGCACGGACCUCACCGGGCGCCCGAGCAUCAACACGAGCGGCAACAUGAUGAGUCUUAUGCAGAUGCUCGCAGUGGCGCACAUGCUGGGCAUGCACCUGGAUCCGACGAGCUGGACGCUGCCGCGAGAGGAGCGCGACGUGCGGAUACGCCUGUGGUGGGCAAUCGUGAUCCACGACAAGUGGUCCUCGCUGUGCUGGGGCCGCCCGAGCGUGAUCCACAAGAAGGAUCACAGCGUGCCGCUGCCCAAGCGGAGCGGCCUGUCGCCGUGCCGCGAGCAUCUUGCCGACGAGGAGUUUAUAAGUCUGCGCCGUGCCGAUGCCGGCAAGUCACGGUCCUUGCUGGAAGAACACACGCCGGGCGACACUUUUGCCGCGCUUGCGGGUCUCACACAGCUGCUCGACGGCAUCCUCACCGAGUUCCACGCUGUGCACUGCCGGCGCGACGACGGCCUGAUUGUGGCGCAGCGCGUGCGCGCAUACCUUGGCGACCUGGACGACUGGCGAGCGUCGCUGCCGAGUACCUUGCACGCAGUCUUUGCAGGCAAGGGCACGCCGCAGACCGAGACGAUUCCGGGCACAAGUGAGUGCCGAAGCGCAUGCAACUGGCUCCGCGUCGCUGACCGCACUCGCCGACAGGGAGUCUGCAGCUGUCGUACUUUGGCAUCGUGCUGCUGCUCUGUCGCACGGCGCUGGACGCGGUGACGGCGACAGAGACCUACGACGAGGCGCGCGUGAUGCCCGCGCACAAGACCGCGCAGCGCGCCACCGAGAUGGUCGUCGACUGGCUCGAGAGCCUGACAGAUGCGGAGAUUGUCGACUCGUUCUUCUUGCACUACGGAUCGCACCAUC